UAGCCCCCGGACACUAAUUAACACAUUCCCUUUCUGUUUCCUUCUUUCUCUGCUGUCUCACAUUCCAUAGAGUCGCUGCACGGUACAUGAGAGUAAACCUUUGAAUUAUAAUUGAUUUUUAGAGAUUUUGAACAGUGAAAAACUGAGAAAGCAGAGGUUGUUCGUAGAUAGAUAAAUGGGAUCUAAGCUACAGAAAAUAGAAGGAGAUGAGUCAGUGGUAUUGCGCAUUACUCACUCCAACCUCAAGACCUUCUCUGCCGAUGUUCGCUUCUCCCUUGAGUCUACAGUGGAAUCUGUGAAAGAAAAGCUAUGGAGGAAAUGCGGGACUUCAGUUAAUUCAAUGACAUUACAGCUAUAUGAUGACACCAACUCCAAGAUUUGUGAUUUAAGUGAUGAUUCAAGACCCCUUGGUUUCUAUUCUCCUCUUGAUGGGUAUCGGAUACAUGUAAUAGAUGUUGACCCUUCAUCAGUAACCUCAGGUGGGUGGCUGGAAGAUACUUCAUUGGUUGAGAAAUACACAAUUUCUGAAGAGGCUUACGAAAAACGUGGAGGCACUUUUAGAAAAUUUAAGGAAAAAUUGGUCUCUCAAAAUCCAUCUGCCUUCGAGCCUAAGAUAACUGAAAACUACAUGGAGGACUUGUGUGCAAAUAUCAAGUUGGGAGAUAGAUGUGAGGUUGAACCUGGGGCGAAAAGAGGGAUUGUCAAAUUUGUUGGUCGAGCAGAAUCUCUUGCACCAGGCUUUUGGGUUGGAGUUCAGUAUGAUGAACCAUUGGGGAAACAUGAUGGCUUGGUGAAAGGAGUACGCUACUUUGAUUGCCCCCCACUUCAUGGUGGAAUGAUCAGGCCUGACAAAAUAAAGGUUGGUGACUAUCCAGAAAGAGAUCCUUUCGAAGACGAAGAAAUAUGAACUGAAGAUGCAAUCAUGCCCCUUGCAUGCUCUGUAUAACCAUAACUUGAGUGUUAAAUUGAUGUUCCCAGUGCAGUUUUUCUUUCAGUAGCUUGGUAGGUGAAGAUUGAUGUUUAUAGUGGAGAUCUAUGCAGGGCCAUAAAAUUAAAACUGAAGUGUUUGUCAUCCGAAAAUUUAAAGGAUGAUGAGGUGUUGCAAAUCUAUUGGCUUGUUCGAGCAAGCCAAUACUAAGUUGCACUUGUAAAAGGGCAGGAGCUAAGUGUCCUCUUGUUUUUUAUAAAGUUUCUCAAUUUGUGCACUAUUA